AUGGCAGAAUCUUUCCACUGGCGCAUGCAGCUUAACAACUACCUCCAAGCCAACGGAGGAGCUCGUCUCCUAACGUGGGACGUCUACCAAAGCGGACCGCUACACCAGCCGUCGUGGACUGCUAUAGCUUACAUCCGCGGCGUAGAGUACGGACGAGCAUACGGCUCGUCGCAAGCCGCGGUGAAGGAGGAGGCUGCUCGCCAGACUCUAGAGGCCCUCAUCCAAGACCGUCGCUCUCGAAGCUACCACUAA